AUGGAAUAUUUCAACAUCAGCACCACAUGGAACGAAAGUUAUGAAGAAAUCUACAACAGCUUCAACUACUAUGAACACAACUAUUAUCUGUACUGCACCAUUGGCUGCUUUACAGGCAAAGAUGCAUUAAUCUUAUAUGUUUCCACAAUAGUCGUUAUCUGCAUCAGCCUUCCUUUGACCCUACUGGCCAUCUACUCACUGUCUUCUCUGGUCAGAAAGGAUCACGGUGCUCCACUCUACGUCAUCAACCUCCUCAUUUCUGAUCUGGUUCAGUUCCUCUGCAUGAUUAUUUGGGUGACUAAGAGAAUGAGAAACUUUAAAGAAACUUUAAUGAUCAUUUACUGUUAUUGUCUGUUGUCCAGUGUUGGCUUCAUGGUGUGUAUCUCCCUAGAAAGGUAUUUGGUCAUCGUCUGGCCGCUGUGGUACAGAUUCAGAAGAAACAUCAAGACCUCUGUGGUGGUCUGUGUCCUAGUCUGGAUCCUUCCUCCUGUUUUUUUCCUCCCAUUCUAUUACAGUUUGGGUUUUCUGAAGACACAAACCAUCGUAGGUGUCUACCUCCCCCUCCCUCUGUUCAUCUUCUCCCUGGGUGGGACUCUUAAAGCCCUGUCUGGAUCCAUCAAAAAAGAGGGAUUCAUCCUAUAUGUUUUUAUACUGAUCAUCGUCUGCAUCAGCCUUCCUUUGACCCUACUGGCCAUCUACUCACUGUCUUCUCUGGUCAGAAAGGAUCAUGGUGCUCCACUCUACGUCAUCAACCUCCUCAUUUCUGAUCUGGUUCAGUUCCUCUGCAUGAUUGUUUGGGUGGCUGACAAAAAUAACUCAGAGAAACUCCUUUUCUUUUAUCUUUAUUACUGUGGUCUGUUGUCCAGUGUUGGCUUCAUGGUGUGUAUCUCCCUAGAAAGGUAUCUGGUCAUCGUCUGGCCGCUGUGGUACAGAUUCAGAAGAAACAUCAAGAUCUCUGUGGUGGUCUGUGUCCUAGUCUGGAUCCUUCCUCUGUUUGUAUCAUCCCGUUGUAUUUUCUGGGUUGAUGUUUUGAUCACACAACCCGUCUUAGGUGUCUACCUCCUCCUCCCCCUCCCUCUGUUCAUCUUCUCCCUGGGUGGGACUCUUAUAGCCCUGUCUGGAUCCAUCAGUGUCUCUUCUGAUGAAAAACAAAGAAUUGUGGCAGUUUUGGUCGUAGUGCUGCUUAUUUACAUACUGCUGUUCAUGCCCACUGUCAUUUUGUUACUGGCAGGCCAAAUAAUCAACCACGAUCUCUUGCUUGCGUCUGACAUUCUUCGUCUUUUUAGUCCUCUUGCAGACUUGAUUUUGUACAUUUUCAUGAUGAAAGGAACCACAGACAAGAUUUUGGCCUCACUGUGUUGUUGCAGAAUGCAGCUUCAGGAAUCACCAGAUGAACAGCAUGAAUAACGACAGCAUGUACACAGUCAGCUUCAUGUAGGCAGGAAGUAGAAGUUUUAGUUU